AUGACAAUGAUUGAAGUACAGUACCACUAUCUUCAAGGCACAUUUACAAAGAUUAUUGAUGUUGAACAAUAUGGUUACCUAGAUAUGAUAUCUGACAUAUAUAACUCACUUAUGAGUACUGUUCCCAAAGGGAGAUCUGUGGACUUCAAUGUCAAAUAUAUGACAACUGACAAAAUGAAAGAUAUGGUAGUGAAGACAGAUAAAGAUGUGAUGGAAAUGGUAAACAUGCUUGGUACUCAGGUGGAUUGUAUUGACAUGUAUGUCUACAAUGUCCAAGUUGGUAACAACACUGACCAGGUUACCAUCAAUGGACACCAUGUCCAGUUUAUGGGUGAUACUGCAAGAAAUAGACCAGAGAUUGGAGCACCAUAUCCAGCUUUUCCCCUUACUGAUAUAUCUACUAUAAGUACUAGGCCAAAAGCUAAUAUAAGAUGGGGUGGCCUUAGUAAUCCUCAAAGGGAUGGUGCCAGAAAUAUUCAAAGGGAUGGUGCCAAAAAUCUUCAAAGUGAUGGUGACAUGAAUGUUCAGAAGGGUGAUGCUACUGUGAUGCAUAAUAGCAGUCAGAUUACUGUUCUUGGGUCAACUAGUGCAUCUCAUAGCCAAGUCACAUUUGACAAUAGGAGUCAUGCAGGUAUGCAUGAUAGUGGGGUUUCUUUUACUGAAGUUGGUAUGUCUAGUAGGUGUAGGAGUGCUAGUAUUGUGAGAUCUACUACAACUACUACUACCACUAUAGAUUUGGGAAGUAAUGAUGCAACCAGUCCAUCAGCUGAUCCAACCAAUCCAUUAGUUAGUAGGGUACUUGAGGGUGAGGAACAGGAAGUGAACAAUGACACAUCAGAUUCUGAUUAUGUAGCUGAAGAAUCUGAUCAUUUAAGUGAGAGUUCAGAGAGUUGUGAUGAAGAGUAUGAAGAAUUUGGAAGUGAUGUAGAAGAGGAAGAGAACAGUAAAGAGGAAUCAAAUUGUGAGGAAGAGGAUGAUUCCACCUAG